UCUGCUCCACCUUUUGGACUAAUGAGCAACAACACAGCUCACCAUGGGUUUUGUGUGAAGCUGUUUUCAGUCGUCCGCCCACUGGGAGGAUCAAGCUUUAUUAGUCAGGUCCACGUCCCACAGACUUCAGAGCUGAUGCAGAGACGCUGGUUAAACCUUCCUGCUGCCUGUUCUCCACUCAGCUGCUACAAUGCAACAGAACAGAGCUCCUCCGCCUCGGUACCCUGAACAGUUAACCAUCGCUCUGCUUGGAAAGAAAAUUCACAUCAAGAACGUCAUUGGAAAUUUGAUCCUCAACGAUCCGAGUUGCUUUGACUCCAAGUCAGACACCCUGGUGAAGGGAGAGAACAUCUCAUUCAGCGUCAUCAACACACCGGACCUCUGCGAUGCAGAAUAUCCGAACCCGGACCAGCGGAUUAUUGACUUCAUGGCAUUUUCUCACCCAGGCCUCGAUCUGUUCAUACUGGUCGUAGAUCCUGAAAACGCCCAAGAGGAAAAGGUCGUUGGUCAAAUCACUAAACUUCAGGACGUCUUCGGAGAACAAAUCACAAAGCACUUAGUCGUCAUGUCUCCAGACCUCCAAAGUUUAGAAGCACUCGCUCAUCUGGAGGAAGUGUUCAAUGUGCCCAUCGUCGCCCCCACCGACAAUCUGCCCAUCGAGUGCAGGACGUGGUGUCCGGUGGGUCAUUCAUUCGUGUACGAGUACAAAGACUACAGCCAAGGGGUUGUGUUACGAAGAAAGGCAGCCAUUGAGAAGAGCAGAGCCAAGAACAACUGGGGGAGUGAAGAUACUGACGCAACCAGUCAGGCCACAUUGCAGCAUAACUCUGCUCCAGCACCUCCGAUAAGUACCAGCGUCCUCGCAGCGCCGGACCGCUGGUUUAACAUCGUCCUUCUGGGACUAACUGGGACCGGAAAGAGUUCAUCUGCAAACACCAUCCUGAAUACUGGAGGCUCCAAGCAGGACAUAACGCCAUUUAGAUCCGAGGCGAGCUCCAUCCCCGUCACCAGCCACUGUGAAUUCAGAUUCAUGACCAAGCCGUUCGGGAUUCCCGUGAGACUGGUGGAUACUCCGGACUUCUUUCACGAGGAUCUCAGAGACCCAGAGGCCCACAUAGAGGAAUGUAGGAAGUACUGUCAGCGAGGGCAGUGUGUGGUGCUGCUGGUGUUACAGCUGGGCCGGUUCACGGAUGGAGAGAGAGGGAUUUUACUGAAGCUGGAGAAAAGGCUGGGCUGGAAGAUCAGGGAGGAAACGGUCUUGUUGCUGACCCACGGAGACGACCUGAGAGGAGAUCUGGUCAAACACGUUGAAACGCAUCCUCAACUCAAGAGCAUCGCUGAAAUGUGCAGUUUCCGUUGUCACGCAUUCAACAACAAGAUCCUGGACAACAAGCAGGUCACAGAGCUCGUCAAGAAAAUUCCAAACUAUAAAAAACGUUUCCCGAAGAUCGCAAGAAAAGAAGAAAGUGGCUGCCAGUUGAGUUAGAUCGGCUCCAUGUGCUCAUCAGUGCACGGCCAUGUGUCUUUAAUGUACACAAGUUAUCUCACAUCUUAGUUCAGUCUUUAUAUUUAUUCUUUCUUUCCUGUAUAGUUCAUCCUUCUCAGGCUGCUCAGUCAUCACUUUUGGACGUCAGCUGACGUGUUAGCUCUCUGUUGAUUGGUCAGUGAUGCAGAUUAUAAUGUCGGAGAUGAUCAAAGUGAUCAAUGUGUGUUUGGCACUGAUUUCUCCUGAAGUCUCACAGACGUCUACAGACGUAAGGUUGGUGGUGAGUUCACAGAUUGUAUUCGUUUCCUCUGUUUGUGCUUUAAUAAUCUGCAGCAUGAAGUCAAUCUGUGAGAAGGACUUUUGUUUAUCUGAAUUUUAUAUGAAACGUUGAGUCAAACUGUCACGAGUGUUUUCUGCACGUUUUCCUGUUUAAAUGCAGCAGAGUCGACGACAGGAAACAAUCAGACAUUUUGUUAAAUUGAUCAAUAAAUACUUAAAAAACCCAAAAA